AUGUUUCCCAUUCGUUUCCAGGUCAUAGACUUCGGCAGCUCGUGCUACGAGCACCAGCGCGUGUACACCUACAUACAGUCGAGGUUCUACCGAGCCCCUGAAGUGAUGAUGGGUGCGAGAUACGGCAUGCCCAUCGAUAUGUGGUCGCUGGGCUGCAUUCUGGCGGAGCUGCUCACAGGAUUCCCCUUGUUGCCCGGCGAGGACGAGGCCGACCAGAUGGCGUGCAUUAUCGAGCUGCUGGGCAUGCCGCCCCAGAAGCUCAUCGAGCAGGGCAAGCGGUCGAAGAACUUCAUCAGCAGCAAAGGGCUGCCGCGGUACUGCACCGCGACCACCCUACCGGACGGCACCACAGUGCUCAGCGGAGGUAUGUCGAGGAGAGGAAAGCCGCGGGGCCCGCCCGGUUCGAAGAGUUUCGUCACAGCGCUCAAAGGAUGCCAGGACAAGUUUUUCAUUGACUUCAUUAGACGGUGCCUCGAAUGGGAGCCGGAGAAGCGGCUCACGCCCGCGCAGGCGCUGCGGCACGCGUGGCUCCGCCGCCGGCUGCCGCGGCCGCCGCACGACGACGAACCGCACGCGCAGUCCCACUCCCAGCCCCACGCGCAGUCCCACGCGCAGGCGCAGCCCCACGGCCACGCCCACGCCCAGCCGCAGGCGCUGCCCGCCAACCACUCGGGGGGAGCGGGGGGCGCGGCGGCGGGUGCAGCGGGGGCGGGGGCGGCGGCUGGAGCGGGGGGCGUCGGCGGCCGCGGGGGCUCUCUGCGGACGCCCCUCGCGCGCACACCAGUCACCUUCAACGCGUCACAAGUCGCCAAGGCGAAGUUGCAGGCGGCGCUGUCGGAGGAGAGCGGCUCAGGCCGCUACUGGGCCGCGAAGCUGCCGCACCUGCCGGCGCCCUCC